GUCUCUGUUUUGACAUCUGACAGCAACUUUGUGCUCGCUGUGAUUGAAUAAUCGCUGCAUUAUUUUCUAGGUGUUUUUGGUGCUUCGGAACCUGGAACUAAACCCGGACCAAAGAUGAUCCGCCAGAUUCUGCUGAAGAACGACAUCCUUGUCCGGCUGGUCGCAGCCCGGGCGUACAGUCAACCAUCUGCGGGAAAACCUGCCGGGCCCGGUGCAGCGGCGGCCGCGGCUCCGAAGGCAGUCUCCGGAGACGUUCCCGGACUCAGCUCCAAGUGUGUCCACAGCAAGUCGGGACCCAUCGGACCGGGUGCGUCCCGCGACGGCGAGUACAAGGUGCCGGAGUACUACUGCUACGACAAGAACAGCUACUUUGAGGCCGAAAUCGAGAUGAACAAGUUCCGGCUGCCACAGCCGAUUGCCAAGUAAUGUUUGGAUUGGUGGUUGAAGAUGGUUAAAAGUGUACAUAGAGUAACUAAAUAAAGUUGUUCACUUGAACUACGGAAAAAAA